ACCACAGUCCUGUCUGUGGAUCCCACCCGGUCUCAUCCACCGGACAGACGGACAGAGAGAGGGAUACCUAGCAGCGACAAAGGGCUGACCGACCAUGGAGCUCAUCUGCCGGUUGCAGCUGGCAAGCAGGAAGUGCGUCCUUCCGCGAUAGGCCGCCACCAUGGAGCUGAGAUAACCUCUUCCUCUUUUCUGCACCAAUCACUGCACCCGAUCAAAUAUAACCAUGGGAACAUGGCGUGGACUACGAGUGGCGUUUAUCCUGGGGUCUUUGUUUAUGAUCCUGCUGAUAAUCGUGUACUGGGACGACGUCGGGGGCUUCAACCUCUACCCCCUACAGGAGCCCAAACAUGAGUCAUUGCACCCUCGGGCGACUGCUGGGUCCCCGCACUCUACGUCCAGACCCCAGAACAGUUCUUCCUCCCCCGUCCCCACUACUGCUCGCAGCACAACACUGGUGUCUGAGGAGACUGGAGGAGCAGCUGAGGAGCUUACAGAGGAGGAGGGGAAGGAAAAACAAGAACAGAGACAGCAGGAAACAAGGGAGGAUGAGGAGAAGGGAAGGAGUCGUACUACUGCGGACAAUAGGGAGCAAGAGGACAGGAAGCAGAGGAUCAUGGGUGUGUGUUCUGGGAAAGACGCUGUUGAAUUCCCCGGAAGUACCCGGCCGUUUGAGCAGAUCCCAAACAGGGAGCUGGAUCACCUGAUAGUGGAUGACACCCACCAGAUUAUCUACUGUUAUGUUCCCAAGGUGGCGUGCACCAACUGGAAGAGAGUGAUGGUGGUCCUGUCUCAGUCUCUUAUCUCGCCCUCCUCAGGAAAACCUUACACCGACCCGGAGGCUGUUCCUCCUGACCUCGUACACAACUCCUCUAUCCACCUCACUUUUGCCAAACUCUUUUAG